AUGGAAAUAAUAACAACAAUUCAAUCUAUAUCAGGACAAAAUAAAAGAUUUGCAUCUCUAGGUAAAGAAUCUGAAAAUAUUGAAUUAGACUUUAAUAGUGAAACCAUUGUUUUAACUUAUAAGGCAUCUGAUAAAGAGAGUGAACUUACAAAAAUAGAUGCUGUUGUUAAAGCUUGUGAUGAGUCAUUAUUAGCAUAUGAUAGAUAUCGAAGACUUGCUGCAGUUGAAACAUCUCUUAUACGCGAAUAUUUGAUAGCUAAUUGUAGAGUUAAAAUUACUAAUCUUAUCAAUAAAGAAAUUAGAAUUGGAACAUUUGAUAUUGAUAAAGAUGAUGAUUUAUCUAAUAAUUUUGAAGAAGAUGAUAGUGUAAUUGUUGAUAAAGUAGAGAUCAGAAAUGGUGCAUAUAGAUCAAUUUAUACAAUGUUACAAACUUUAAUUCCAAUUUGGAAACAGGCUUCUCCUGCAAUUAUUAAUCUUGAUGAUACACUUAAGCUUAACUUGGUGGUGAUGGCCGCAAUGUUGGCAGAAAAUAAAGCCAUAUAA